AUGCACGGUUCGUUGCGGAGUCCAUUGUUGCAGAUCAAGGUUCAACGCUGUGUGGCGAUCGACGCCACUGCCGAUGUGGCCUGUGUAAAUCAUCAUCUUGGCGAUGUUGGCGACAUGAGGUGA